AUGGUUGAGAUCACAGAGUUGGAUGCGAAAACGGACCAGCUGGUGAGCGAGUGGGAGAAAAGACGGUACGUUCCCAAACAAGGAGAACCAGACCUGCCACCACAGCUUUCUGAGCUGGCCGAGAAGCCUACAGAGGAGAUCAUGGACGACCUGAACAGAUUACCGUUAUUCAUGACAGAGCUGGAUGAAACAGACGGAGAAGGCGGAGAGAACCUACAGGUGGAGGCUCUGAAGGCUUUGGCAUACGAAGGCGAACCAAAUGAGAUUGCCGAGAACUUCAAAAACCAAGGAAACGACUGCUACAAGGCCAAACAGUACAAGAACGCUGUGGAGUACUACACCAAGGGGCUGGAUGUUGACUGUGGAGUGGACGAGAUCAAUGCUGCGUUGUAUCUUAAUCGGUCGGCGUGCAAUUUGGAGUUGAAAAACUACCGUCGAUGCAUCAACGACGCCAAGGAGUGUUUGAAGAUCCAGCCAAAGAACGUGAAAGCGCUUUUCCGUUCUGCCAAGGCGUUCCUGGCCAUUGAAAAGUACGACGAGGCCGACCAGAUCUUGCAGUACGCCUCGUCAAUCGACAACAGCUCACCGGCGUUCAAAGUUUUGGUGAGACAGUUGGAGGAUCGGCGUCGUGUUUUACGGGAGCUAGAGGAAAAAAGACGGCUGGCAGAAGAGACUAAAGAGCGCAGAAAGUCCAACUUGAAGCAGGCAGUCGCUGUGAGAAACUACAUCAGUAUUUCCAGAACCGAUCCCUCUGAACUUCCUGCGGGAACGGCCAUCCGGUUGGAGGAUCCAGACGAUAUCGAGACACAGCUUAUUAUUCCAACGAUGGUUCUUUAUCCAACAACGGACGAGUUUGAUCUGAUUUCCGAGGUGAGCGAGCUGUCCACUUCAGGAGAUCUCAUUGAGAUUGUUCUGGACCGUCCAGAAUCUUUCUUUGAGGAUCCAAAGCAUACUAAUUUCAAACAACUGGAAGCUUUCAUGGAAACAGAGAGUGGAGGAUUAAUCAAGGCCGGCAAGAAGGUGACGUUCAACUCGAUCCUGGGAUCAGCCUCUCCACGUGUGCCGCUCUUUGACAACAUGAUGAGAAUCUUCUUGGUUCCAAAAGCCGAGUCAAAAACAUGGAUCUCGAAAUGGAGUAAGGAAGCUGCUUUGAAAAAGAGACUAGUGUAG